GCUCCCCAGACUUUCUGAAUUUCCAACAUGGCCUCCUUCAGCUCUUCUGCCCAGACCGCCUCCUCCUACCGCCGCCACUUCGGCCAAGGUAGCUACGCCUCGCCCUCCCUCAACCGCUCGUUGCUGGGCCACGGUGGCGGCGCCGGGGGGGGCCACGUCUCCUCCAGGGUCUACGAGGUGACCCGGAGCAGCUCCACGCCGGCCUACCGCGUCUCCUCCAGCUACUUCGGGAAGCCCCUGGGCACCACCUCCACCCGCGCCUCCGUCGGCCGCUCCUACGCCGGCAUGGGCGAGACGCUGGACUUCAGCCUGGCGGACGCCCUCAACCAGGAGUUCCUGACCACGCGGACCAACGAGAAGGUGGAGCUGCAGCACCUGAACGACCGCUUCGCCAGCUACAUCGAGAAGGUGCGCUUCCUGGAGCAGCAGAACCAGGCGCUGGCGGUGGAGGUGGAGCGCGUGCGCGGCCGCGAGCCCACACGCAUCGCCGACCUGUACGAAGAGGAGAUGGGCGAGCUGAGGAGGCAGGUGGAGAUUCUGACCAAUCAGAGGUCUCGGAUGGAGGUGGAGCGCGACAACCUGCUCGACGACGUAGACAAGCUCAAACUCAGACUCCAGGAGGAGAUUCUCCAAAAGGAGGACGCAGAGAACAACCUGGCUGCUUUCAGGGCGGACGUGGACGCGGCCACUCUGGCUCGUCUGGACCUGGAGAGACGCAUCGAGACGCUGCAGGAGGAGAUCGCCUUCCUGAAGAAGAUCCAUGAAGAGGAGAUCCGCGAGCUGCAGAUGCAGAUGCAGGAGUCCCAGGUCCAGAUCCAGAUGGACAUGUCCAAGCCGGACCUGACGGCGGCGCUGCGAGACAUCAGAGCCCAGUACGAGGGCAUCGCCGCCAAGAACAUCUCCGAGGCCGAGGACUGGUACAAGUCAAAGGUGACCGACCUGAACCAGGCGGUGAAUAAAAACAACGAGGCGCUGAAGCAGGCCCGGCCGAGAGACCAUGGAGUUCAGGCACCGAUCCAGUCCACACUGCGAGAUCGAUUCGCUAAAGGCACCAACGAGUCCCUGAUGAGGCAGAUGAGGGACAUGGAGGACCGGCACGGACGCGAGGCCGGCGGUUUCCAGGACAACGUCGCCCGGCUGGAGGCCGAGAUCGCCAACAUGAAGGACGAGAUGGCCCGCCACCUCCGCGAGUACCAGGACCUGCUCAACGUGAAGAUGGCGCUGGACGUGGAGAUCGCCACCUACAGGAAGCUGCUGGAAGGGGAGGAGAGCAGGAUUACCUUGCCUGUGCAGAGCUACUCCACCCUGAGCUACAGAGAGACCAGCCCCGAGCACCAGCAGCGCUCCUCUGAGAUGCAUUCAAAGAAAACGGUUCUCAUCAAGACCAUCGAAACCCGCGAUGGAGAGGUCGUCAGCGAGUCCACGCAGCACCAGAAAGACAUCAUGUAACGGCCUGCAGGAGACAAGAGAAGAAGAAACAA